AGAGCAGAGCUCUGAGAGGCGUGAGCACUGCAAGAUGGGACUGCUGUUGCCGAUUCUCCUGGCACUGCUGGCCUGUCUGAUAGGAGGGCUGUACCUCCUGGGAGCCUUGCGCAGACGACGCCCCGGAGAGCCUCCACUGGACAUGGGACCGAUUCCUUGGUUGGGCCACGUGUUGGAGUUCCGUAGGAGCACUGCCGCAUUUCUCCAGAGGAUGAAGGAAAAACAUGGGGAUAUUUUUACAGCACAGAUGGGUGGGAUGUGCUUUACAUUUGUCGUGGACCCGCUCUCUUUUGGGAUGAUAGUGAAAGAGGGCAGGACAAAUUUGGACUUCUCUGAGUUUGCAAAGAAGCUGGUGGAGAUCGUUUUCAGCUACAAAUCCUUCGAGGAUGAAUAGAAGAUAAAUCAUGCAAUCUUCACCAAGCACUUGAUGGGUGACGGCCUGGUGGUCAUGACUCAAGCCAUGAUGAACAACCUGCAGAAACUGCUGCUACACAAAGUGGGACAAGGGGCUGCUCCGAGCCCCUGGCAGGAGGACGGUCUGUUUCACUACUGCUACAACAUUGUCUUCCGGGCUGGCUACCUAUCCCUGUUUGGUAACGAGGCAGCUAACUCCUCAGAGAUGAUGGAGAAAGCCAGAGAGCUUGACCGAGUCCAGUCCAAUGACCUGUUUCACGAGUUCCUUAAAUUUGACAAGCUGUUUCCUAACUUGGCCUACAGGACCCUAGCUCCCUGGGACAAAAGAGAGGCUGAGAGGUUGAAGAGGCUAUUCUGGAGCAGAAUGUCAACCAAGAACAUAAAUACGAAGCAGAAUGUCAGUGGCUGGGUGAUGGAGAGUAAGCAGGUGAGGGAAGAACUUGGGAUGGAUCCAUCGAUGGUGGACCGACACAUGUUCUUACUACUUUGGGCUUCCCAGGGAAACACGGGACCAUCAUCUUUCUGGUUACUCCUGUUCCUCAUGAAGCAUCCAGAGGCAAUGACAGCUGUGCGCAAGGAAGUGGAGGAGGUUCUGAGAGUGACCGGGCAGGCAGUGAAGCCCGGAGGCCCACUCAUCAACCUGACACGAGAAAUGCUGCUCCAGACACCUGUGCUUGAUAGUGCAGUGGAAGAGACCUUGCGGCUUACGACUGCCCCAAUGCUCACCCGAUUCGUGAAGAAGGACAUGUCCCUCAAGAUGGCCAACGGUCGUGAGUACAAUAUCCGCCAGGGCGACCUUGUGGCCCUCUUCCCCUACACGGCCGUGCAAAUUGACCCAGAGGUCCACCCUGACCCAAUGACCUUCAAGUACGAUCGCUUCCUGACACCUGAAGGGACGAAAAAAACUGACUUUUACAAGAAUGGGAAGAAGGUCAAAUACUACAGCAUGCCCUGGGGGGCUGGGGUCAGUAUGUGCCCAGGCCGUUUCUUCGCCACCAAUGAGCUGAAGCAGUUUGUCUUCCUCAUGCUCACAUACUUUGAUUUUGAGCUAAAAAACCCCGAGGAGGAGAUUCCCGCAUCUGACGCCGGCCGUUGGGGUUUUGGAUCAAUUCAACCAAGCCGAGACAUCCAGUUCAGAUACAGGUUACGCUUUUAACUCCAAAGACUGCGCUAGAUUUCAAAGCACUUAGUAGUGUGCCGAGUAUCAGCUUAAUAUAAUCAAAUAAUAUUCCAAAUUGUUAUUAACUUCGUCAGCAGUGCUUUAAAAACCUGAUAUGCAUCCUGUCAAACCUACUCAGCCUCUGCUCCAGAGUUCAGGUAGUACAUGGUUAGCUCCUCUGAGUACUCUGCAGGGUGGCAUAAGAGCCAAGGAAUAUGAGGGAGUUUUACUGAACAGGUAUAUCCUAUGGUGCAAACACAGGGCCUUCAUGAUUCUUCCAUGAUGAUGAUGCCGCCGUUGAAACUGCUACAGAAACUCAAAGGUGGCUUUAUAAAUUACUGGAUUAAGUUACACUCCAUCCAUGGUCUCCCCAGUCACCAGAUACAAAUAUCACUGAGCCUUUCUGAGAAGUUCUGGAGCUCUUAGGGAGGACUGAGGGAUUUCCCUAGUUAAUUUGUAGUUAUUUAAAUAUGUUCAUUUAGUUCAUUCAUUUAUAGCUUUCAUAUUUCUUUUUUUAUAUAUUUCUUUCUGUCCUUGCUACUCGCUCAUCAUGUUCUUUGCCUCUCAUACAACGUGCUCUCACCAAGGCAGUCUGACCCCCCCGGCUCCAGGAGUCUGUAUGAAGACCAUAGAUAAAGGGCCUGCUGCCCUCAGGGGGGGCAGAGACAGACACAGACAGACACUGAACCGGCCGUGAGAAACAUCUUUCUGUAACAUCUUCAUUCUGUCUUAAUAAACUGCUUAAGCUUAAGGAACCUGCCUCAUCAUUCAACUAAAAGAACCUGAGGUUUCACUGAAGAAAUCUAUCAAACAGACUCAAGAGACUCAAACCAUGUGGUGACCCAGAAUUUUCUGGAAAAUACAUCCACUUUGCUCACAAAUACGCUUCAUCAUCUCUACUCAUCAUCUCAUUCUCCAUUUGAGGUGUGACAUGAGGUGACAAAAUAUUUAGAAAUCAGUUUAAUAAAUUUCAAAUGAAAACUA